CUCUCCACCCAAGAAAUUAUUAUCAACGAGCUCAAGUCGCCGUUCCAUAUCUCCAUUGCUUCCUCCCCCUCACUUUACUUGCUUCUAGACUUUCCUCUAAUUGUUAAUCACCAUGGCGCCUCUUGUUCCAUCGCAGGAGGAGCUCGAUCGCAGAAGGAUCAUCGGCAUCAAUGCAGAAACCGUCACCAGCAUCCCCUCCACAGAUUUUCCCGGCCACUGGCCCGGCGAAUCGCACGAGUGGUCAUUGGAAAAGUUCAGAAACGGCUUCAACGUUGAUUUCCACCGCAAUGACCAAUUCGAAGCUUCCUUUUCCCUGAUUGGAGUCGAUACAGCGAUUGCGAACGCUUUCCGCCGUAUUCUCAUGGCUGAGGUCCCGACCGUUGCCAUCGAAUUCGUCUUCGUUCAUAACAACACCUCGGUGAUCCAGGAUGAGGUGCUUGCAUCACGACUGGGCCUGAUUCCAUUCAAGGGCUCCGUGGAAGGUCUCAACUGGAUGCGCUGGUUCAAGAAGCCCACCGAUGACGACCCGGAGGGCAGCACCCCCAGCGACUACAAUACUAUCGUGUUGCGUCUGGAUGUGGAAUGUACUGAGAAUCCCGAUGCCGAUGCCGACGAGCAAGAUCCUCGCAAACUAUACAACAAUGCGCACGUAUACGCCAAGGACAUUACCUUCGAGCCAGUCGGUCGUCAGGAAAUGUUCUUCACUGGGGAUGACGCCAUCCAGCCGGUCAACCCGGAUAUCUUGGUCGCCAAACUUCGACCAGGCCAAAAGAUCGAAAUGGAGAUGCACUGCAUCAAGGGCAUCGGUGCUGACCAUGCCAAGUUUUCUCCCGUGGCUACCGCAACCUACCGUUUGAUGCCUGACAUCAAGAUCGAACGUCCCAUUAUCGGAGAGGAUGCUAAGAAGUUCGCCAAGUGCUUCCCUAGCGGCGUCAUCGAACUUGAGCCCGUCACCCGGGAAGAAGCAGCACAGAAAGACAGCGGAUACGAAGGCCACGCGGGCGAAAUGAAAGCGGUCGUCCGCAAACCAUUCAAUGAUACCGUCAGCAGGGAGUGUCUGAGACACGAGGAGUUCCAGGGUAAGGUGAAGCUUGGUCGGGUGCGGGACCACUUCAUUUUCAACGUUGAGAGCUCUGGCCAGUUUGACAGCGACGUUCUCUUCCUCGAGAGUGUCAAGGUGUUGAAGCUGAAGUGCGCGAGAUGGCAGAGGGGCUUGACGGACCUUGUUCGCUAA